UUCCCUGAUGAUCAUGGAUGCUAUUUUCCCUGACUAUUGAUAACAUUUGAUUCAGAUAGUUUCAUUCGUGUCUGCUUUGUAUGCCUUUUGCCAUCUCCUUUUAUGCCAAGUGUCAUUUGGUCUAUUAUUCCUGUUUGCAACUUGAUUUUUUUUAAACCUUGGCCUUCAAAGUGUUGAACAUGUGGAGGCAAUUUUGUUGCUCAGGUGAUAAGGAUUGUGAAUAUUUGACUAAGUAUAUUAACUUCAAGCAUGCAUUUGGUUGGCAGUGAAAACAUUUAGGGGUGCAUUGUGCAGUCCUUCCUGUGAGUCUUGCUAUGAUUAGACUGCUCUACCUAUCUGUGAAAGGUGCUUCUGGAGUAGACUGUUAAUUGUAUUGUAACAUAUCUUUGUCAGUUUGUAUGUUUUAUUAAAAUGAGAAUUAUUUCCUUAACUGAACCUUAGAGAAUACUGCCUUUACUGAAUACUUUUAGAGAACAGCGCUAUCUGCCUACCACUUUUAGUUUCUAAAUGAAUUGUUAUUGCUUUUUGUUGAACAUCCUGAUUGAUGAUGUAUAAGUCGUAUUUGACUUGAAGAUUGUUAUGUAUUUAACAAUUGGUUUUCCAAUCAUCUGUUAUUUUUAUGUUUGACAUGAAUUUUUUGUAUAUGAUCUCUGACUUGUAGUUUGUUAUAUUUUCUUUUGAAAGUCAAUCUGUUUACCUUGACUUCUUUGCCUUGUCUCAUGGACACUCAUUUUCGCUUUUUACAGUAAUUGUUUUUUUUGUACUUGUGAUCAGAGUGGGUGUGAAUUGUUAGUUUUAUGAGGUUGAUCAAAUAUUGAUCUUUCUUUGUUUCAUGGUUCUGGAUGCCAAUGAAUCCCUGCGAAAUCUAUCUCCUCGGAAAUUCCCUUUCACUUGUGUUUCUAACUUUCUAUUGAUUACAAAAAUGGUGUUAAUUUAAUAAAAUCAUGCAGAACUUCUCAUUGUAUCUUUCUGAGCAUGAUCACUUCCCCAUCAGUUAAAAUGGAGGAAUAUUUUUGCAAUAUAUUCUCUUAUGUCAUCUUAAUGAGGAGAUUAGUUGACUUUAUUUGUCUAUGUUCCUGCUUAUACACAUGGUUUUCAUGAACUAAUGUGACUUUGUUCUUUGUUCCUGCAAUUUGCAUCAAAGGUACAUAGUACUUGCCCCUGCAAUUUGUAUAUGUGGUACAUUGUCUUGCCCAAGUUAUCAGGGCAGAGGCUGCAUAAUUUGGUAAUCGGAAAGUCUGCUUGACUAGUUUACUCUUUGCUUCAGCUUUUACUGAUUACCUUCUCAUGAUUUAUUUCCAAUGCGAUUAUUUUGUUUUCUGAUCUACAAUCCUUCAUAGAACUUGGCUUCUGAGAAUAAUAACAUGUUAGCAUUUGUGUAAGUCAAUCAAUACAAUCAACUUUAUAAACAAUGGUACAUUCAUGUUGUCAAUGAAAGUGACAAAAAAUUAGUAUUGUGUGGUAAUAUAUUAAGUUUAUUAGCAUCCAGUGGGUGGUGAUCAUUUCAUAUUGUUAUGGUAUACAACUGCCUUCGGCCUUUAUUGGAAUUCACUGCAGUGAUGGUGACUAACUAUUCGCAGGUAAUUUAAAUAUUCAAUUUCAUGAGUUUGUUUUUUCCCUAUUUAUUUGCUUCAUUGUUUCUCAAAACUAUUGGCCGGUCGUAUUUCAUAUUUUAGGGUAAGUAAUGUUGAGAUCAUGAUACUCCUAUUUCUUUGAGAAUAAAAAAAAAUGCAUGAAAGAUCUUAACUCAAGAUAUAGUUAUUUCGUGCAAGCAAACAUACUAAUCUCAAGCUGUAGCUGUUCUUCCGGAAAACACAACAAAGCAAUGCUAUCAGCUGGCAUAAUUUAUUGGUGCCAUUUUCUGCACUUAGUUUACAAGCUAAGAAAUAGAGAAUAUCUUUUUGGAUCUCCAAAGGAGGUGUCCCUCAAGAAAUUUGGAUUUCUCAUGCUUUGAAGUUGAAUGUUGUGUAAGUCAGAAAAUAAACAUAGGUGUUUACUUGGCAAUCAUCAUAUAUUAUGUUCUUUGUUUUGAUGCUAUUGUUGCUAUAUAUUGGUUUGUUUAGGUAUUCUAUAAUGUGUACUCGUGCAGUUUGGCCGCAUAACAUUAGAGGCACCAUCGCUUCUUUCGUACAGCUAAAGGGUAAGAAUCAUGGACCAUAAACAAAUCUCAUCUAGUCAUCUUGUUCCCUAAAAUCAUUUUCCUUGCCAGCAUCUUAGCUGUUUCUGUUUGACAAAGAGAGGCAAGAAGUCCCUUUUGCGGACAUGCCAGAAGUACAACUGAUUUGUACAUUGUGGUGUAUCUGAGUCAUGUGCAGCUCUUAAUUGCUAGAUGGGUGCAGAUCACUUCCUGCUGAUGAGGAUAUCAGCAGCAGAUCUCCAGCAGAUUCAGAUUUGUCGGGCAUUGCGGAAACCUGACACCCUAUGUGGAGACCUACAUUGCUGCUUCCAUUUUGAUGAUGCACAUGCUCAUCGAAUCGCAAAAUGUGCUAUAAUCUGGAUUUAAAAUCCAACUGAGUUUUCUUGAGGCCUUUGGUAUUCUUAUUGCAGCUUCUGCCUUGGUUGACCUUCACAAAGGCAUCAUUUUAUACACCAUCUGAUGAACCUUUUGCACUUGUUCAGUCUUUUUCCUGCAAACUGCUGUGGUCUAAAUUUCGUUUAGAACUGCAUUGUAUUAGGUUGUAGGAAUGGACUAAUUGCUAUCUAUGUUCAGUUCCGAAAAUUUCACUGGAUUAACAUAGUUCCUGUGUUUCAACUAUCACAUUUUGCCUUACUUUGAAGUCUGUUUUUCUGCCGCUGGCAGUACGGACAAUCAUUGAGGCUUUGGGAGUUCUGCAGCAAGAGAACGCCAGUACAUUUCAACAUUGAAGAAUGCAUCAUUCCUCGAUAUCAGCGGAGGCGUUGGCAUAUCUCCUUCAGUUUCUAAAGAAUGUUCAGAUUCCCUCCACCAUGUUCGUGCAGGCCUCUCUUUGCAUCUCCAGUUUUCUUUAUUCUAUCUCCCUAACCAGCAUCACUCUUUUAUUCUAUUAUAUUUUCUGAAUCACUCCAUGUCUCUGUUUACUGAUGAUAGGCUUCCUCUCCCUCCCCUUGAUGAACCAAUGAUUAGUGAAGUGUCCCCAAUCAUUGAAUCUUCUUCUCAGACACUGUAAUCUUGGAUAAGCCUCUGUUUUGUCUACCAGCUAGCAGUUGAAGUUUUCUGAUCUUGUAACCUUCACAUUUCCAUGAUGUACCUUGGCUGAUUUUAAUCGUUAACUUAUAGCCAUAAACUUCACCCCAACCCCAACUGUGGACUGCCAUUUCUUUAAUCAUAGUCACAUUUUUUAAAUUUGAAGAUGACGCUCAGCAACCUUUCUGAAUUCUGGUUCCUGAACAGUAUAAAAGCACCUCCACAGUUGUGCAUUAAUCUUCAUCCAGCAAACAUCUCAGACACACAAUCACAUUAACAACCAAUCCUGACCUCUAGGUGCCCAUUGUACAUCACAAUGGAGGCUGGAGGGUUGAUCGCUGAGGUCGGUUGGACCGAGUUCGACUUUCUGUCGCAUGGAGAGGAAUCGGAGGUAAUGGCGCAGCUGCUAGGUGCCUUCCCCUCCCAUGGUGAGGAAGGCCACCAUGAACUGCCUUGGUCCGAUCAAGCUUCCAAUGCAUACAGUGACAACAUUGGAAGCAGCCUUGCUGUCCCACCUGCAUAUGAGGGCUACUGUUUCAGUGACUCAAAUGAAGCUCUGAGGAUCAGCUCCUGCAUUGCACCUGAGGACCUGAACUCGGUCCAGGAGUAUGGUGCAACCGAGUUUGUCAACAUGUUCUCAAACCACUCCCCUAAUUUUUAUGGGAAUGGUGACGGGAGCUGCGAGGAUCUGGAUGACCCAAGCAUUCGCAUGCUCGACUCAGCAAGUGCAGCCAACAAGAGAAAGCACUUGGCUGAAGAACUUGAUGGUCAAACAAGAGGCCGGAAAUGCGCAAGGAAAGGUGAAACAAAGCGAACAAAGAGGACCAAACAGAGUGGAGAUGAGGAUGCGAGUAUGGCCAUCGCAAGUGGAAGCCCAGCAAGUUGCUGCACAUCUGACAGUGAAUCCAAUGCCUCUCUGGAGUCUGCAGAUGCUGAUGCUCGUCCAAAGGGCAAGGCUCGGGCAAGCCGCGGCGCAACAACUGAACCCCAGAGCAUCUAUGCAAGGAAAAGGAGGGAAAGGAUCAAUGAGAGGCUGAAGAUUCUGCAGAACCUGGUGCCCAACGGGACCAAAGUAGAUAUCAGCACCAUGCUUGAGGAGGCAGUCCACUAUGUGAAGUUCCUGCAGCUUCAGAUCAGGCUGCUGAGCUCGGACGACAUGUGGAUGUAUGCACCGAUCGCGUACAACGGGAUGAACAUCGGGAUCGAUCUGAAGAUGGAUAGAUGAUCAAAAUGCGAACCGUGAUGAAGGAACUUUUUAUACAGUUCAAGGACCAUAGGUACGGAAGCAGACUGCUAGGCUGAGGUUCUGAAACUUCUGAAGGCAAGGAGUUACAGACUUACAGUUGCCUAUUUCACCACUUACACGAAGAGACGAUUUUACUCCCAAAUUGCAGGGACAUUUUUUUUCUUGUCUUGAGAAGAGGCAUCUUUUAACAAUGUCAGUAAACCGAGAGUUUUUUGUCCCCUUUAUGUAAACUGUACAAGCUUUUGUCUCUUCAGACCUAUACAAAGGACCACCAAAUACCACAACCGCACUUCGUUGACCUU